AUGAAGAAGAAAGAGAACGAAGAAGAAAUGUCUUCAACCGCCUUGGAAGGCGCCGCACUAGUUGCGUUGCCGGUCGACAUGAUCUAUCAGAUCACCGAUCACCUAUCCAUUGGCAGCAUGGCAAAGCUCGCCUCAACCUGUAAAGGUCUUCACAACGUGAUUGAGCCCGAGAUAUUCAGACGAGACCGAAACCGUGGCCGGUAUCGCACCCUCGAGUGGGCAGCUACGUCACGAAAGAAACACGCCAUCCCCGUCCUCCAACGAGCCUUGACCCUCUGGCCCAACGGUAUCAAGGAUCUGGAGAUUCAUUUCCUUCAGUGUCGACCAUCAAAGCACCAUGGUCGGACCUUGCGACACAAGACACCGCUUCUCGCCGCCGUUUGCACCGGUAACUUGGAAGUGGUUGCCUUUCUUCUCGGCAAGGGAAUCGAUGUUCACCAGACAGAGGCGGGCAAUUGCGAUUCCUUGUGGUCCCCUAUCCACUGGGCCACCAUGAUGGAUUAUCCACCAAAGGACAAUCAGCAGCUGGAACCGCCGCGGACAAAGCUGGCCAUUAUCGAAUUGCUCCUGUUGCAUGGGGCCAACCCAGAUCAGUUGUCUGCCCCGAACCCUCGUCGCCAACCACCGCCUCCGGAAUCGAUAGUCUCUCCUAUGCACCUUGCCAUCAAGAAUGAUGCAAAUCACCACGUGGUUGAACUUUUGAUCAAGUAUGGCGGCGCAGCCACCCAGGAACCCUAUCGCCAUGUCGCCAACCAGCACUAUGCUUCCAUCAGCCCCAUCAGUCACUUGAUCGACAAGUAUCCCAAUCCCACUGAAGAUCACUGCUCUUCUCUCAGGGCUCUGGCAACCAACGGAGGGGGAAGUGGUUAUGAAGCCCGCAAGUAUACUGUUACGGGACAACCUCUGCUGUUGCAGUUUCUUUCUUAUCCCAAGGAAUCCAAAUAUGCGCCUCGUUUCGUCCGGAUCAUGCUGAAGCACACGCAAGCCCGCGUGGAAGACACCGCGGCCAAUGGAGACACUGCCAUGGUGCAUUUUCUGAGAAGUCAUGUCCAUUGGCGUCCCGCCAUGGCUUACGACCGAAGACGCGUUACAAGUCACGAGGUAGAGCACUCCAUGGCCCUCGUAGCAAGUGUCGCCUGUCGCACAAUUGAUGAACUUGUCGAUCACGGCGCAGGUAUCGAUACAUACGGUGCGGGUAGGAUGACCCCUCUCCACAUUGCCUGCGGCCUUCAUUGUCAUCUUUCCUCGGUUUUCGACCACCUCAUCGGCCGGGGUGCCAAUGUCAAGGCCAGAACUUCGAGGGGCCACACCCUGUUGCAUUCUCUCGUCAUGGGCGAUGCCGAGGCCGACUUCACUCUCAUGACACCUCUCCUCAAACAAUACAAGAUCAAGCGCUAUGCCCGAGACAACGAGGGCAACACAUUCCUCCAUCUACUCGUAACACAGCGACUCGUUCUUUUCGGCAAAUGGAUGUCAGAGGCAGCAAGACAUUACAAGAGGAGCGACUUUGAAGACCCCAAGCUUCGUAAUCAUGCUGGACGCACUCCACUCGAAGAAGCCAGUUUUGGAUCUGAUGCAAAUGGAGAGGUUACGCGUUUCUGGAUUCAGCAUGCUUUUGAUGAAAGAGACGAGCACUUUGCAUCUAAGCAUAAAUCCAGAGAUGCCAAACGCAAGGCUCAGAGGGCUGAUAAACUGGCUGAAACUAGUUUGACCUAA